AAUGCGUAUAAUGUGUUAGGUGAUGAAAAACAUGAACAAAGCAACAUGUUGGGAUAUGGCAUAAUAAAGUAGAGACUCAUUUUGUACUUUUAUUUUUCAUAACUGAUGCUUCAACCGGAAAAAACUUUUUACGCGAUUUCAACCGGAAAAACUUCACUCGCAUUAUCCAGCUGGAUGGGAGGAAAGGGAGUCGGGCGAAGACAAACAUGAACAAGCUGAAGUCCUCACAGAAGGAUAAAGUUCGUCAGUUCAUGAUUUUCACACAGUCCAAUGAGAAGACUGCACUGACCUGUCUGUCACAGAAUGACUGGAAACUAGAUGUUGCCACUGACAAGUUUUUCCAAAAUCCAGAGCUCUAUGUAUCAAAUCUAAAGGGGGCCUUAGACAAAAAGAAGCUUGAUCAGCUGUACAACAGAUAUAGAGAUCCUCAUGAUGACAACAAGAUUGGCAUUGAUGGGAUCCAGCAGUUCUGUGACGACCUGGCUCUGGACCCAGCCAGUAUAAGUGUCCUCCUCAUAGCCUGGAAGUUCAGGGCAGCCACGCAGUGCGAGUUUUCAAAACAGGAGUUCAUGGAGGGCAUGGCAGAACAGGGGUGUGACAGCAUAGAGAAGCUUAAAGCUCAGCUGCCAAAGAUGGAGCAAGAGUUAAAGGACCAAGGGAAAUUUAAGGACUUUUACCAGUUUACAUUUAAUUUUGCAAAGAAUCCAGGACAGAAAGGCUUGGAUUUAGAAAUGGCAAUUGCAUAUUGGAAUUUAGUACUAGCUGGAAGAUUCAAGUUCCUGGACUUGUGGAACAAUUUUUUAGUUGAGCACCACAAAAGAUCAAUUCCUAAGGACACAUGGAACCUCUUACUAGACUUCAGCACAAUGAUCACAGAUGACAUGUCGAAUUAUGAUGAGGAAGGCGCAUGGCCUGUCCUUAUUGAUGACUUUGUGGAGUUUGCACGACCACACAUUGGGACCAAAAGCACGGCUGUUUAAGGGCUGCUCUCCCUAAAGAACCAUCCAUGUGAGGUUUCUAAAAAAACCAGAGAGAGCAGUGAGCAGAGGACAAGGGGACCGCACUGAGCUGAGAACUAUGUUGCCUUUUCAACCCUCAGGACUGAAAUAUUUUACACAGCAGAGACUUUAUAUAUGUGUGUGUGUAUUUACAUAUAUAAAAAAGGCAUAUCUCUUUGUUGGUCAACUUGUGGUGGUUUGGAACUUUUAUCUAAAGUAUUGGGGUUUUUGUGUGCGUUCAAGCCAAUUAGAGAGGAGUCACCCUCUAGGCCCACAUGGUUCAUUGACGUGGUUGGGCUCCGCUCAAUAGCAGUUAGACACACUUUUGAAUUGUAAUCUAAACACGAGGGUUCGCCAGGGGAUGUUCUUUAAAUAUUGAAUUUUAAUACUCUUGCGUGCAUUCCUGAUUUUGUUUUUGUUUUAUGAUACAUUUGUGCAACAAGUCAGUAUAAAACAUUGAUUGUAAUUUUUUAAGCAUAAUGCUGUUUGUUUAAACACAAAUGUAUAAAGAUAAAAUAAAUGUUUCAAUUU